UCGUCGAGAAAUUUUCAUUUCGCUGUCGUAAUCACAAUCGCUCUGUGCGCUGCUGGGAAAGAAAAAUUCCAUUUAAUUCAGCUUCCAUAAUUUUAUUGCCAUUUUCAUAGAAUUUUAUGCAAUUAUGCUCAUUUAAAAUUUGAACAUGAAACAAUUAAACCCCAAAAAAUAUAUAUAAAAUAAAUGCUAAUAUAAUUAGAACAGAAUUUUAGCGCACGCAAAGCGAAAUUUUUGCUUAGAAAAAGCUUAUUGAAGUCACAUUUCGUGGUCGAGAAAAACGGGAGUACUGCUCCAGUGGAGUAAAAGUCGCCCCUUACACACCUUCGCAACAUAUAUGUGAUAAGACCACGUAUUACUCGUCGAGAUACAUUAUUAAAGUGGAGUUGCAUACUAAACUAAUUAUCGAGUAAUAAAAGGUGCUUAAGUUGAAUAGUGUGGUUUCGGUGAAAGUGUGAAAAAAGAAUUUAUUUCGUAUUAAAAAUAAUGGUCACAAAUGACAAGUGCAAGUUAUUCAUUUAAAUACGGCAGUCUAACAAAGUGCAGAAUAAUAAUGAAAACAGCGCUCGGAUAAUGAAUAAUCGGUAGUGGUAAAAUACGAGCAAGAAACCAGCAGAAAAAUACGCAAUUAUUGUCAGUUAUUGCAAGAUUGUGUUGUAAACGUUAAAAAACAAUUUUCAACUCCCGAAUUUAUUUAUAAAUACCUAGGAGGAUGGAAUUAUUUACUUCAAUUUGCACAAAUUGCAAAACUUUUGCCGCUGUUGCGCUCAUGUCAAAACUCUUGCUUCAAUCAAAACAUGAACAGAGAUGUUAACUGAUGUUUUAAUUAGUUGUCAAAAAAGGUGUACUUAGUAAAUAUUGAGGUACUUUGCAACACUGUUUUCGUUAUUUUGACAUUAAACAGUGUUGUUGUGUUUUGACUGACAACUAACCUCAAAAUACUUCAGGGCAAAAAGUGACAAAUGAUUAAUUUUAUUUCUGUUGCCGUGUUGUUGUUGCUGCUUGUAAUUCAUCGGGGCGACAUCGUUGACGGCGAAGCUUGCAGAAAAUUUCACAAAUAAUAUAAAACUACAAAAAAUCAUUCUUGAAUUGCAUUUAUUUUACUGCUCUGACGCAUAAAACCAUUGCUAAAAUAUUUAACAUGUGAAUUGAAAUUAUGUAUAAAUCAAUCAACGAGGACAAAAAUUUAGAACAAAACAACUUAGAGCCUACGUUUCAUCGCUGUCUAAAGGGAGUGAAAUAGAAGAAAAGAAAAAAAAAACAAAAAAAAGCCCACAAUAAUAUUUUUUAUAGUUAGAGUGGCUAUUUUGAAAACAAAAUUAGUCUAGUUAAUACAAGUGCAAGUGAUUUUGUUGUUCAUUGUUCCGCUAAUGGAAAAAGAACGAAGCGGUUGUGGUAGCAGCAGCACGCGCUAUACCAGUGCAAGCGAACGUAGCGACAUUGUUGGUGAAAACUCGCAUACUCUAAUGGCUAGUGAAUACGAUGGCUUAUUAAAGAAACAUAAAAAAUCGAAAAGGAAGAGUAGUAAACGUUCACGAUCUCGUGAACAUACUCCUACACGAGAACUACGGCAUAGCCGUAGCAGCAGCAACCAGUCACUUCGUAGUCCAUCCAGUCCAGACGGCGAUGGAGCUUUAACAAUGACGCAAGCAUCUACGAAAACAAAUGCCUUGAAUGCCAUCGUAGAAUACUCUGAUGUAAGUUCUGAAGAUUUCUCUGAUCCCGAGGCGGGAGAAAUUAAUUCGGAACCAAAUGAAACCACCAAACAACAAAGUGUCGAAGCAGCGGUAUCAAAUGUUAGCAAAGAUCGUAGACCUUCCACACAACUUCCGACACCAAAUGCACCCAAAGGAGAACAACAACUUCAGAACAUGAGCAGUGAUGAUGAUACUUUUCGAAGAAAACGUAAAGAGAGUCUUGAUAAUUUAUCCAAUCUAUCGCCAAAUCGUGUGCGUCGCAUUAUACUUGGUUCUCCAGUGCGAGGGGCAAAAUCAAAUAGUGGCGCUGUAACAACAACCGGUCUAUUGAAAUCCAAAGGAGAUAAAAUGUCCGGUUCAGUUACAUCCCCCAACGAUUCGAACUCAGGCAUGUUGUCUCACCAUCGUUCACACAAUGACCCAGCAACGAAAAAGCAAAAGAAGAAUAGCCUUAACAGCAGCAGUAGCAAAUUACUUGAAGAAGAAGUUUCCGACUGGGAUGCGGCUCUAGCUAGCAGUGAUUCCAUGGAUACGGAUGAAUUCGAAGCAGAAUUAAAGCGACAAAAACGCAAAAAAGCCAAAAAAGACAAAAAACACAAGCGAAAUAAGAAAUCAAAGAAACGACGAAAGAAACGUGCACGUUCAUACUCAAGCAUCGAGUCUAUUUCUGACAAUGAUUUAGAUGAAGUUAUAGCAGCCGAGAGUACACGUCACUACACACCUUCACCGAAGGCACAUCGUUUUCACGAAAAAUCUCUUGGCAACAGUGCAAUUAAGAGUCCCGAGCGCAACACCGCUGGCAGUGGUGUUGGUUCAUCCUAUACGCCAAUCAAAGAAGUUAGUCCUAUGUCCAUAGAUACACCACCAAUGCGUCCUGGCAGCAGUAACAGCUACUAUGCUGAAAAGACAGGUGCUGCUUUAACAGCCAACACUGCGGUAAAACCGAGUGGCCCACCCACAGUUACACCUGCAACUGGUCUACAAGUCACUGUAACUAAUCAACGGCAUCGUACACCACCACGUACCAGUGGCAAAACGCGUUUCCCCGUCGCAACAUCACCGCACACACCACCGCUUUAUGGGGGCGGCAAUGUUGAGCGUGGACAUAGCGCACGUAGCACACGUUACACACUUAGCCCACCAAAGGAGGAACUGUUGUCUACGCACCAUCACCAUCAACAUCGCUCCCUAAGCAAUGCCAGCGGUGGCGGUGCAACUAGUCAUCAUUACAGUGGCAGAAGUAGCAGUGGUGUGGAUAUGCAUAAAUAUAAGACUAUUUCACCGGAUCACUACCAUCAUCACCAGCCUGCUACACCGCCGCAUAAGCGCAGAAAAGCAAUCGACACACGAACGCCUGCGUACGAGUCACAUCAUUCGCGUCAUCACAGCUCUAGCGCACACAGUUUGCGUAAAACGCAUGAUUUUGAUCGGUUUGGUAAUAGUAACAGGGACAAAUAUGGUAGACGCUACUCCAGAAGCCCCAGCUUGUUGAAUGUGCGCAACAGACAAUCACCCACAUACGCCGCAACCUCUUCAUCAUCAUACCGCAGCGGUGGUGUUUCGAGUGGUAGCCAUCGUCAUAGUGGUGGCAACAAAUACCUACAAACAACAUCACCUUCCCCUGUAAGAUCAAAGUCAUCAAAACGUGGGGCUGGCGCUGAUCGUUAUUCACGUUCGCGUUCACCGCGUUCUGUAACCCGGCAUUACAAUUCACCGCCGUCGCCCAUCUCUGUCGCGGUGGUGAGUGGACGUUCAUUACAUCGCCGCUACCGUUCUUCCUCACGUCACCGGCGUCGUGGCGAUGGCAAGCGUUCGUACACACGUUCACGCAGUCGUACACGCUCACGUUCACGUACACGUUCGCGUUCACCUUCAUCAUCACCGAUUUCACGUGACCUGAAGCUCAAGCGCAUCGAAUAUAGUAAAAAGAUCAGUGACACAAGUCUCUUUGCGGAGCUAGUGAAGGACAAGCAUAAGCGGCAAAAGGCGAUAGACGCGCUACUUGAGCGCCAAGAGGAGAACAGUAACAGCAAUAGUGCGCUCAUUAUAAAUGAGAAUAGCUCGUCGAUAGACAGCGGUACGCCCAAGGUCGUUGCGCAUGCAGACCUCACACCGUCCACCAUAGACAGCGGCGCUACUGCGAAACCCACAACACUGGCGCCAAACACGACAACAACGCUUGCAACAACAACACCAAAUGGUGUGAGUGGCGGCAGUAAAUCCGUUGUCGAAAUAACUAACAUUCCCAUGCCGAAGGUGAUGGAUGAAAAUCCACUCACUGAGUCCGCAACAAAUGAGCCCGCUAAAGCCAACGCAACAAAUACAACAAACACAGUUGAUGAGACAGAUCGCGAGUCUGUUCUACCGCCACCAAUCAAAGCUAAACCUAAAAGUCUCACGGCUUUACCGAUGCCACCGGGGAUAAGUGCCGCUGAUUUAGCCAUUGCAACAACACCUUCGCCACCCUCCGAGUACAACAGCAAGAGUAUUGCAUCUGCACAGAAAGUGAGUAACAACAGCGCCGCGUCCAACGCCACGCCAGCGGCAAAUACCAAUGCCAACAAGAGUUUGCUCAAUUUGCCGAUGCCACCAAUGGUGCCGGGCGGCGAAGAGCUCAGUGGUGAUGAGGACGAUGUUAUUAAUAGUCCAGAAGAUUUCGAUACCGCAAACACAAGUGGCGCGGCGUCGAAAGGCGGCGCGGAUGGUACAUCAAAGGACGGCACAGCGGGUAACGGUAAAGUCGCAAACAGCAAAGGCAGCGCUGCCACAGCAAAACGCAAACGGCCGGUAAUAUUAAAUCGUCGCGAUUCGCGUAAUCAAGUGCGUGAUUGGGGCGAACGUUGUGUGGAUGUUUUUGAGAUGAUCGCACAGAUCGGCGAGGGCACAUAUGGACAAGUAUAUAAAGCACGUGACCAUCACACUAAUGAAAUGGUUGCGUUGAAGAAAGUGCGUUUGGAGCAUGAGAAGGAAGGCUUUCCCAUUACCGCUGUGCGCGAAAUUAAGAUUUUACGCCAACUAAAUCAUCGCAAUAUUGUCAAUCUGCAUGAAAUAGUCACCGACAAACAGGAUGCUUUGGAAUUCCGCAAAGAUAAAGGCUCAUUCUAUUUAGUAUUCGAGUAUAUGGAUCACGAUCUGAUGGGCCUGUUGGAAUCUGGCAUGGUCGAUUUCAAUGAAGAGAAUAAUGCCAGUAUUAUGAAGCAACUUUUGGAUGGGCUCAAUUACUGCCAUAAAAAGAAUUUUCUGCAUCGUGAUAUUAAAUGUUCAAAUAUUUUGAUGAACAACAAAGGUCAAGUGAAACUUGCCGAUUUCGGUUUGGCACGCUUAUACAACGCCGAAGAUCGUGAACGUCCAUACACCAACAAAGUUAUAACGCUGUGGUAUCGGCCGCCAGAACUACUGCUUGGCGAAGAACGUUAUGGCCCAUCGAUUGACGUGUGGUCCUGCGGUUGUAUAUUGGGAGAGUUAUUCGUUAAACGACCACUAUUCCAAGCUAACGCCGAGAUGCCACAAUUGGACACGAUUUCGAGAGUUUGCGGCACACCGGUGCCGGCAGUAUGGCCAAAUGUAAUUAAACUACCACUCUUCCAUACAUUUAAGCCGAAGCGACAGCAUAGGCGACGACUACGCGAAGAUUUUGAAUUCAUGCCAAUGCCUGCUUUGGAUUUGCUCGAUCGUAUGUUGGAAUUGGAUCCAGAUCGACGCAUAACCGCUGAGGAGGCGCUCAAAUCGCCAUGGCUCGCUAGCAUUAAUCCCGAUGAAAUGGAUAUCCCGAGAUUGCCCACCUGGCAAGAUUGCCACGAAUUGUGGAGCAAAAAGCUACGUCGUCAAAAGCGCGAACAGGGUGACGCAGGCACGCUGUGAGAUUACAUCUAUGCCAUGGUGGAGUCGCCAGUCUGUGAUGCUGCGACGACCCAGCGUUUGGUAGAUGACAAAGUGAAUGCUGACAAAAUGGCAGCUAACACAAAACAACUGUGCAUAUAACAGCUGGUGCAACAACAACAACAACAAACUGAACAUUAAUUUAUAAAAACUCAAUUGGUGGCGCUGUGAAGAGAAGAAACGCUUACCAUCGACAAUGGCAAAAAAUCUCAUGUGGAAUUCAUUUUGUAUGUAAGAUGGUAAAAUGUUCAGCACCACCGCGCCGUUAUUGUUGAACGCCGUGUCUGAAGUAAGAAGUGUUGAAAGCUUAGCAAUUACACAAAACUUUCUUCAUCCUUUAACUAUAGUAAUUGUAAUUGAAUCACGACAUUUUAGGUUUGUUCGUUUUUAUAAUAACCAUUAUAACUUGCUAUUUUUAUAUUAUUAUCAUAUUAUUAGUAAUGGCAUCAAGUUAAAGCGUAAACUAAAUUAUAAUUAGUUUUAAAAGCAACGAAAAGCAUAACUUAAAUAAAACUAAGAAAUUAUUAAACUUUGUAAGCCGAUUACAAAACACAAAAAAAAAGAAACAACAACAAAAAAAUAAUAUAAUAAAUGAAUAUAAAGAUUUACGUACACAUAUUUAAGUACAUGCGACAAAUACGAAAGUCUCUUUUAAACACCUUUUAGGUGCAUUUCGUUGAAAAAAGUACAUUAGAGCACAAACUUGGUGAGCUAAAGUUCGUUAAAAAUUACAAAAAUUUGUCAACAUGCAUAUUACUAAUUCUUUUCAAAUGUAAUUAAGCCAAGAAAAUUAAAAAAGUAACAACAACAAAGCAUAUUACGAAAGAACUGACAGUUGACUGGUUUGUUGUUUUUGCCGCAGCGGAUUGAACUGAGUGAUUGACUUGAUUGAACUGUACAUAAUAUAAUAUAAAAGAGAUUUCAAUAAUUGCACACAAUUUGUUACGCAUGAUUUCGUCUCAAACUUAUUUUAUAUGCAUAGUGCGUAAUCCUUUUUACGUUUCAGCUAACUAACUUCACUUAUUUAAAUACGUAAACGUAACUUUGUUUAAUUUAACAUUGUACGCAUAAAUAUGUAUGCGUUUAAUAUGGACUUUCCUCAAUACAUUAACUAAUUUCAUAUAUGUAUGUGUGUUGAAUAUGCAUAUAUAAAAAUACAAUGUACGUGCAUACAUAUGUACAUUAAAAUUUUGUAGAUUUAACUGAAACGACUUAAACGUUGCAAUUACAUAUUACUGUAAAUCAUGAAUAAAUAGCAGCAAUUUUAAAUUUAGUCAAUAAAAAAUUCAAAAACAAAAAAAACGUACUAAGAAGAGUUUAUUACAUUUAUAAGUGUAUAUGUUUUGUAAAGAGUUGCGUGAAUUUUUAUAGAAUUUUUUUUGCAUUUCUUACAUUAUUCUAACCCACACACAUAAUAUUGAACAUAAUUUAUUUCUACUUAUUUUCAUUACUUUUCCCUUAAUAAGCGCAUAUAAUGGUUGUUUGGGAAGCGUACACAAUAGUGUCCAAUUUCGGUAUAUUUACGUUGUUCCUUGGAAUUUCACUAAAAAUAAGGCAUACUAUACUUGGCUUUUAAAACGAUGCGUAAGAGUUUAUUAAUUGUUUUGAAUAUAAUUCAAGCAAUUUAGUUAGAAAAUUGAAAAAAUUCUGCAAUGCCCAUUAUAUACACUAGACAACAAUAACAUCUCGUGUUAUAUAAAGCAUAUAAAAAAUUUUGCUAAGUAUUUUUUAUUUUCAUUUUUAAGUAGAACUCGUUAUAAAAAUCUAAAUAUUUAUUAAUUUAAUAACUAAAAAUUCAAACGCCCACAACCUUUCUACUUUCUAGUGAGCAUUAAGCGCGCAAUAUCGUAAAAAUUAAAUUAGUGUAUACCGAAGUUGGCUGUCUAACAUUGCUUAAUAGUUAUAUAUUUUUCCAUAUAAAACAAAAUUACAUAAAUAUUAGUAUGCUAAAACAGUACACUAAGUCAUAGUUAAAAAAUAUAUAUAUUUUUUUUUAUUUGAAAGAGUCUAUGAGUAUGUAGCCAGAUUAUGGCUUGUUUUGUCAAUCAGCAUUAAAAAGAAACACUUGAUUUUGUAUAGGCAAUGAAAAUUGUAGUUUUUUUACAGUUUUUUUUUUUCAUUUUACACAUACAAACAAAGUAUUUUUAUAUAAAAUAAAAGUUUAAACAACCGUGUGCAACUCAAGAGAAUAUUGUUAAGAACAGCGGCGUGUAGUUGAAAUCGGUAUGGAAAUAUAGGUAAAAUUUGUGCAGUGUAAGCAUUUGAACCAUGCAAAGUUUAUAUUUUUUUAUAAAUAAGUGUAGUACGCUAAAAUAAACAUACCUACAUAUAUUAGAACAAGAUCAUACAAAUAACCGUGUGUAAUGGUUAUGUACUGCAAUAGCAAUUAAACAUUUAGAAACUAUUGAAGUGAAGUACGCGCAUGUAAUAUAAGUAAUUCGUUGAACAAAAUAAAAUCAAAAUAUACCUACAUAUAUACAUACACACACAUAUAUACAUAUAUAUAUAUAUUAAUCUUAAGUAAAUAAUGAAAUUAUAAGCUAAAAAGUCAAUAAUGGGUGCAUGUGUGAGACUGAAAACAAGAAAAUACAAACUGGAAUAUAAAACUAAGAACUUAACAACUUACAACUUAACGUAUGGAUAUUGUUGGCAUGCAAUAAAUAAUAUUGUAUAAAAACUCAUAUAUAUUAAAUAUUAUAAAAAUAUAUAUAAUGAAUUGUAUGUAAAUGUAUGAUAACUAAAACAACUGUACGUAAAUUUAACCGCUUAAGUAUAAUUAUUGUCAUUUUUGUUACAUUAAAAUAACAAACAAAAAAAUAUAUUAACGAAAUUUCUAAUUUCGUGUUUUCGUGGCAGAGCAGAGGCGUAAAUAAAUACAAAUAAUUAAAAAAAAUUUAAGUUUGGAGUAUUUAAUAAAUUUGAACAUCUAACAUUGUCAAACUGUGUUGGCACAUUACUGAGGUAAACAACAAUCUCAAAUACUAGCUAUCAAAUACAUGACAAGAAGCAUAUGUACAUCAAAGAAAUACGUAUAUUUAUUUUGUGAAGCAGACGAUACCGCUCAGAGCAGCUGCUAAAGCAGAGGUAAGAGCACAUAAGUCGGCUGAGCAGAGAGUCAAAAAGAAUAUAAUCUCCCAAGUCAGCAGCUGCAAAAGCUUGUGGAACUGAGAAUUCCCCGAGAGCGUUUUAGCGCGACGAGUGUGUUUUGUUGACGUGCGUGUAAGUAAAGAGACUCAAAAUUGAUAGAAAUAACAAGAAGGCUGCUGCAACUGGUACCUCUUCCGAGGACCAGCCGCCGCGCAAAAAAGGACGACGUUCAGCAGCAGGAUCAACGGCAGCAGCCGCAGCGGGAGCUACGAUAGCGACGACCGGAUCCGCAGCAGCAGCAGCAGCAGUAACUGGUACAAGUGGAAGUAGUAUACUCAGUACGUUUGUGUCUAUUGACGCAGAAACAGCGUCGACUUCUCGAGCGGCCCAACAGCAGCAAACAAAUCAAAAUCAAAAUAUUCGUGAGAAACAAAAUAGAGGUGGUGAACCAAAAAGUAAUAGUUGCAUAAACAUCGAAACAAACGAGAAUUUACAAGAAAAUACAACAACAAA